AUGGCCUCAACAGACACCCAGCUAAGCCUGAAACCACAUCAUCAUGUAGUCAAAAUUGAAGGCGCCCGCGAAGACAGCGAAAACCACGGUGAAGAUCUCAUCUCCCAGCUGAAGUCCAUCCCCUCCGAUAUAACAGCGCUCCGGAUCGAAGAGGACGCCCCAUCCGACAAGGAAUGGGCCAUUCUCGGCUCACACUUCACCGACAUCCAGUCCUUGGAAUUAGAGAGCGGAUUUAACGAGGACCUCAAUGACAAGGAAUUGCCUCUGCAUUGGCCCCUCAAGCGGUGCCAAAUCUCCAGUGCCUGCGGGGAAGUCACUCGAACUCCGCAUAUACGGCAAGGCCGCGUGAGCCAUCUCAUCCUGUUGCUUACCUCCGGUAUUCGCUUCGAAGGACCCACGUCGAGUGAGUUGAGUAAAGCACAUUCCCAAGCGAUUGCCCGGGGUGAAGAGAAAGCCGAUUUCAUCACUGUGAAAGAGGGCACUCCAGAGGAAAGGCAAAUCCAAAUCACAUCGAUCCCUGAGCUGGCCAGCAAAUGGAUGAUUAAUAAAUACGAGGCUCCAAAAACUUCCUUUCCCUGUUUGGGCGGGACUAGGCAGACAGAAUUCCCACUCGCGCGAAUCAAAAGAUGCCUCGGGCGCGGUCUUACGGUGGAUACGAAUACGAGGGGUCCGGUUUUUGCGUUUUGGUGGGAGUUUACCCUACAUAAGAAUCUUUUCAUUCAUUUACAGAGAUACAUAUACAGACGGACAGAACAGACAAUAUUCAUGGUUGAGUGA